UUUUUUUUUGUUUUUUUUUUUUGAAAAUGCGACAAACGCGCGCAACGCAGGCGCAGCAGACAACACGCGCCGAGGCUGCCGCGCCCAUGGUCGCUCACACCGCACCAGAGGUAGAGGACGAGCCUGUGACGACGGGCGGGCGCAGGAGGAACCGCCAGCUCGUGAGCGCGACGGCGAGAACGACCCCUGUUUCACAGCCGAAAGCGGCAAUCAUGCAGAGCGCAGCCACAGCCCAUCCGACGGCGACGGCAACGGCGGCUCAGCCGAGUACAGAGCAACAACAGGACUGCGCGGUGGUACGCCCGCCAGUGGGCCGCUCGACCAGGCAUGCGGCAAAGGCAGCAGAGCAGCCGCGCGUCGUUCAAAAAAGUGAAACAGAGCGGGGCAUUGCAUCGCCUUCGGUGGCUCUGCUCGUCGAUCACCAGCCGCCCGCACUUGGUGCCAUGAACCAAACAGUGUCCGUGUCUGAUUCUUCAACGGCAGUUGCUCGGGAGCGCGGUGCUCGAGCUCAAGUCGUCGGCCCUGCCGCCACGGAUCCAAAGCACCAAAUGGACCAAGGCGCCGACGCCGAGCUCCCGCCACAGCGCGUGCGGUCGGCUAAACGCCUGGCUCAAUUUAUGCCGAUCGGAAUAGCAGUGCUGGACAACGAGAGCGAUGGAGCUGUACUCGUGAGCCGUUCCAAAUCCAGCCGGGAUGAACCGAACGAGAACGCUGCCGCCAACAUUCUGAGCAGUGCAUUUUCCGACAAGUCGAGAGGAUUGUCUGCCAAGCUGGACAGGCCGACCAGCACGGUCGCGGCCGCAAUGUCAGAGACCCAAUCGUCCCAAUCUCCCAAAUCGUCCCCGUCGGCGGUCACGCCCAGGGAACGCCUUGCCUCGUUUCGACCCUCGUCUGUUCCACGCCAACCUCUGACCAGCUUGCCAGUGAGUCGGCUCGGAACGCCCAAUGGCACCCCUCCAGGCAAAACAGAGCUGUUACGCUCGUCGAUGCGCGCGUCCUUGCUGCACCAGGCCACCGCUAACAGGCAGAUUCUGCAAGCGUCGCGUCGAUCGGUUGCGAGCCAGGACUCUCCGAGAUCUCCCGUGGAGCGUCGUGCAGCGGCUGUAGCAGCGCAGGAUGCAUUUUCGUUCUUGCAAGAUGACUCUGAUUCCAACGAGGAGGUGCAGCACUCCCAGUCACCCCGCAGUACCCCUCGUCGCUCUCUCGGACGCGUUGCUGGAGCAAGCCCGCGUCCUAGUGCUGCAACGACUCAGCACAGUGCGGAUAGAAGCAGCUCUGGUCGUCGGUACGGAACUGGUCAAAAGGACAAGUCCAAAUCUCACAGCCACAAGACCGCUGCAAACCCUGCGCGCGAAGCAUACUUUGAGCAAAUGCGUAUCGAGCUGGCCGCUGCGGAGGAUUUCUCUCUCGAGAUGGAGGUGGUAAAGCCAACCUUUUCUGCUCAGUUUCGUUAACUUGUUGCUCGAUUGUUGAUUUGUGUUGAGAGUUUACGUUUGUAGUCUUUGAGAUAAUCUUUGGUCUGUUCCGACGCGUGCAUGUCAAUGUCAAAUUGCUUUUUGCUGAAAUCCCUUUCAACCACUGAAACUCCAUACUACGGGGAGCAAGGGGAAAGGGCCAAGGAUGGGUGUCAGAUCAAGCCUUUCGAUUCUCACACACGCGUGCAAAUGCUGUACAUUGUUCCUGA